CCAUCUGAAGAAACCGUCUCUUCCCGCCAUUGGCAUUUGGCACUAGCUCAGUUCAGUUCGCCGGUUAUGUAAUGGAGACUCCGUCGCUUGAAAACCCCGUCCAGGCGAAGGUAAAGCUGCCGCGGCCACUACCUAUCCUUCCUCCGGAUCUCAUCGCCGAGAUUCUGACUUGGCUGCCCGUCGUUUCGCUCCUCCGAUUCAGGUCCUUCUCGAAAUGUUUCAAAACCCUAAUUUCGAGUCCCGAUUUUGUCAAAGCACAUCGAAGAUGUACGAAAGCGCUGUCUACUGUCAAACCGAAUCGCGUUGAUAGGCUGUUCAGGCGGUCAUUCAACUUCUUCCAUCGGCAAAACGAACGGAGGCCUCUUGUUUUCGAUUGGGGCUCGAGUUCGUGGUCGCUUGAGUCCUUAUACAAUGGCCCCCGAAUUGAAGUGGCUGAGCGUGUAGAUGUCUUUCUAGGAGUCGACAACGGUGGUGGUGAUCAUGUUGUUGGGUCUUGCGAUGGGUUGCUAUGCUCUGUUGUCGGCUUAUACCAUGGGGUGGUGGUAUGGAACCCUUGUACCAGAGUUGUGAGGGAACUGCCUGCGUUCCGCUGUGAUAUUUCGGAGGAGCAGAUGCGUGGAUGUGUCAGGAUUUUUGGAUUUGGUUAUGACUGUCUGCUUGAUGAUUACAAGGUAGUAGUCGCGAUUUCCUAUCCAACUGGAAAUCAUGGAACAGAUGAGUUCGAAACUCAAGUUCAAGUCUUUGCUCUGAAGACUAAAUCCUGGAGAAGAAUCGAGGAUUUUAAGUAUGGCGUUCCGAGAUGUUCGGGUGUUAAGUUCGCUGCUGGCAGUCUUUACUACAAAGUGCCAAGUUCUAGAGGUGAUGGGAAUCCCGAGUGGCAGGAAACCCUAGUGUCACUUGACCUUGCUACAGAGAAAUAUAACAAGGUGAAGCUACCUGAUUUUGGUGACUCUGGUGCUCAUUGGGAAAUAGAGUCGCUAGUUGAUCGUCUAUGUCUCGCAUCUUUUGAUGAUGGCGAUUCGUGUGUGGUAUGGGUGAUGAAAGAGCCUAGAGUGAAGGGUGCUUGGACUAGAUUGUUCAGGGUGGAUCAGGUUGUGGUCGAUGCAGGGUUUCGCACUCCGUUGUACAUUUCAGAUGAUGGUGAUGCUCUUUGGGAGAAUUAUGAAGAUCUGUUCAUUUACAACCCGAAGGUUAACACUGUCAGGUUUCCUACAUCGAGAGGUUUGCCCGAUCGUGAUGGUCCUGUUGUGAUCUACCUGGAGACCUUAGUUUCGCCAGAAAUGUAUAAUUAGCAAACUGAGGUAUGUAGGGUUCAACUCUGGCUAGACCAUGCAUUAAAUUUAAUCCAUAAUCUCCCUGCAUUGUAGCUUUACUAGUAAUUUUCAUUCGAGCUGAUCAUCAAUUGCACCGAAGCUGCUGGAAUGUGAAAACCAUGGGGGAAUCGUCUGUUUGCUUCUCACUUAGAACUACAUUUGUAGAAUGUGAAAUUCCUCUAUCUUACUGUUUCCUCUAAAGAUUCUGCAACCUAGUUUUUUCCUUUCCUUUCUUUGUUCUAUGUUACCAUAACCUCUUUUGACUUGAAACUUGUGGCCAGUUGUAGGUCUCACCGGUUGGAAUUUUGACUCCGUAAGAUCGAUCACCCCGUAGAAUGCUAUGAUGCUAUCAUUGACGGAAAGAGCAAGGUGGUUCGUACGUUUCAUUUAGGUUUGUAUGUGUGAUUGAGCAUGUAUUCUUGUUAGUAAUUUUGCUUAUUAAGAAUUGGAUUCAUGUGGAAGUUGAAUAUGUACUUGUGAUAGUGUGUGUACUCUGUUUAAUCGUAAUUACGACAUAGUUUCAUCGAGAAGUUGUGGUUCUGAUAGAGCUAAAAAGCCUGUAUUCUGGUUAAUUGUAAUUACGACAUGGUUUCAUCGAGAAGUUUGCCUUCUUGCCUAUACAAGUUGUUCCUGCCAAGGUCUUUCAUGAAUCAUCGGGUCAGAGCAAUGCAUUUGUGCUCGUCGCGAGACCUGAUCCAGCUCCAUCAUUCAAUCAGUCAUCGUUUUCUGUAGCAGUUUAAUCGAGGAUUGAGGCGGAUUGAGGUUUUUGCAGUUGUACUUGAAAUAUGAACUACCUGUUGUCCACAUACUUAACCAAUUCGGUAACUCAAAAGGAAUCAAUGUGAAACUGUGCAUUGUGAUUUACGGAUCUUCCAUGUUCGCCGGUUUGGAUUGGAUGCAUAAAGACUUUUAAAGCAACCACCUAACCGAAAAGUAAUACACUUGUGACGGGACCAGACAUUUGAAUAGGAGGCUACAAAUUUAUGCUUUAGAGAUUUGAACCCUGGUCAUUGUGAAGGGGUUAGCUUAGACACUAACUAACUUGUUUAUUUUUAGAAAUUAUUACACAAAUUUCAUGUAAAUUAUUAAUAUUAAUAUAACAUUUAAGUUACUAUUUAUUAGUGGCCCUCAAACUCCUCCAAUUGCAAAUAAGGAAGUUUCAAAUUCUUUUUUUUUACCACUCUCUCGUUCUAUAACCUAUGUGUUCAUCUAUUAUUCGUCCGGUCUACAUCUAUCAGCCAUUAGGUUUCUCAUCCAUGGAAUAACCAUAACACAAUCCAUACAUAACAUAUUUAUUACCGAAUAUCCAUAACAUAUUUAUUAUGCACAAUUCUCGCCUUCGCCCACUAAUUCGCAAACCUUUUCCAAUUCUCAUCCACCGUAUCUCAAGACCGCUAAUGAAAAUCCAUACUAAAUCUGCUAUGUGUUGCCGAGUUUUGUAUUGGGAUCGAGUUUCAUAUUCUUUAGUAUUUCCUUAUUUCUCCUUCUCCUUUUGGUUAAGCAUGACAAUUGAACUCAAAUUCAUGGGUAUCCAACCUAAUUCAACCAGGUCAAAGAGACUCGAACCAAACAUUAGUAUUUUUAAAUUUCUAUUUUUUCAUUUUCGUUGAGAAUGACAAUUGAAACCAAACCCAUGGUAUUGACGAGUUUUGUAUCGAGAACGAGUUUUGUCCGCUUUUGUAGUUGGCAGAGUGUGAAUUUGUUAAAAAAUCGAUUCAACCGGG